AGUUUACUGCAUAAACAAAUUAUCCGUUAAACGGACGAGUCCACUUCCGCGAAUUAAGUAUAAACAUCCGUGUCACUUUGAAUAGCUAUUUGUAUAAAAGAAACACUGAUAUAAGUGGUGAUAUUAUUAAUUGUGCUCGUCAAGAUGAGGCAUAAAGACUCUGUGUUCGUUGUUGGAGUGAUAACUCUGCUCCAAAUUGCCUACAGCAAUGCUGCAAAUUCGUUCAUAUUCGUGUCACCUAACGUGUUCCGGCCUGGGCACGAGUAUAUCGUGCACGGGAAGCUGCUGGCGACCCCGUACGGCCCCGUCACAAUCACCGCCAAGCUGUUCGGCAAGGAGACGGUGGCCCUUGGAUCCAGGACAACACAGGAUCAGUCCGAUAUACAGAUAAAUCUCCAGAUCCCCGUGAACGUGACGGCUGACAGUUUCCGGUUGGAGGUAAGCGGGACGGGCGGGCUGACCUUCAAGGAGGUCAAGGACGUCUCCCUUGAAACCAAGGUCAUCGACCUGUACCUACAGACCGACAAACCAAUCUACAAGCCGGGACAAACAGUGCAUUUCCGUGUGUUCGGAAUUACCUCGAAUCUCCGAGUGGUCUUCGACAAACUGAAAGUCGAACUGUUUGACCCCAAAGGUAACAAGAUAAACCAGUGGUCAGUAAGCGGGGCUGAGCUGACCAGUGUGGGCGGUGUUUACGUCCAGGAGCAGGCCAUGUCUGACCAGCCAAUCCUCGGCACCUGGAAAAUCAAGGCAAAGCUCCUCUCAUAUGAGGGCGGCUUUCAGGAGAAGACGUUUGUUGUUGACGAAUACGUGCUGCCCAAAUUUGAGGUAAAGCUUGACCUUCCGGCCUUCGGACGGACCCAGGAGAAGGACUUUACGGGAAAUAUCAAAGCCACAUACACGUUCGGGAAGCCGGUGAAAGGCGAGGUGGAGCUCCGUAUCCGGCCCGUUAGGGAGCGCUUCGAGUGGCAGAACAAUGCGAGGGUCAAAGUCAGCUCAGAGAUAGAGAUGAAGUUCCCGAUCAACGGCAAGGCGAGUUUCACGGUGGCGACGUCCCGUCUAGAGGAAGUAGAACGUUUCCUGGACGGCAACACGCUCGUGUUUGAGGCGAACGUCACCGAGGGUGUCACUAAACUACGACAGAACGAUUCGCAGGAAUUGACCUUCUACCGACAACCGAUACAACUCGAGUUUCCUAAAUCACUGCCGGAAACAUUCAAGCCGGGAAUGACAUACGACGCUGUGGUAAAGGUAUCCCAGCGUGAUGGGUCACCCCCAGACGCGGUGAACGGGGAGCUCAGGGUCACCAUCACCGAGUACCGAAAACCCUUACCAGUCCGGCCAAAGCAGGAAACUCUAAGCCGGUCCAAUCUCCCAGGUUCCCUAUCUGACUUCCGGACACGUUUCAUGCCUCCGCUACCACCACCUAGGAGGCGAACGGAGUCUGAGCGCCUCCCUCCCGUUUCCUACACGAUCCCGGCCGACGGCAUAGUGGAGUUCUCUUUCUCAACAGACACUCGCCUAGAGAGCGUCAACGUCGAGGCGGAGUAUAACGACGCGUCUGUAUCGCGGACGUUCAAGAGGCGGCAUUCCCCGAGUGACAACUUCCUGCAGCUCCGGUCCACCACCCUCAAUCCAACGGCUUGGCAAGAUGCUGAGUUUCACAUCAAGGCCACAGAACGAGUCGCUCAUCUGACUUACCAGGUUUACUCCCGUGGGACGUUAGUGGACGCUGGUAAAAUUCUGGUGAGCGGGAAGGAGACUACGUGGCGACUUCCGGUGACGUCAAGCAUGGCGCCACGUGCGCGUGUGGUCGCCUUCUACGUUCGAAAGAACGGCGAAGUGGUUGCCGACUCUUUAACCAUUAAUGUGGAAGGCGUCUUUGAAAACAAGGUCAGCGUUAGUUUCAACAAGACAGAAGCGCAACCUGCUGACAAAAUACGUUUUGACGUGAAAGCCGACGUAGGUUCUACUGUCAAUGUUCUGGGCGUCGACAAGAGCGUGCUGCUGCUGGGAACCGGAAAUGACAUCACUACGUCACAGGUUAUCGGUGAUUUGAGCGACUACUCCUUGAAGUCGAAGCGGACCAGAAUACGGCCGGUGUGUGACUGGUUCUGCUUCCGGUGGCCCGUCUCCGUUGGCGGCGUGGACACCAAGGACAUAUUUGACGAUGCUGGUGUUCUUGUUUUUACCGACGCCGAAAUAUAUGAGCAUAAACGAUCUUCGUGGUAUGUAAAGCGUCGGCGAUGGCAUAUAAGAAGAAAAGGCAACGUUCUGGCUUCCAGCGGGAGAAUAGCAAAGCGUAAACCAAAGCAAGAAAAUGCAAAGGGUCGUGAUAAGGGCCAGAACCAGGUUAUGGCAAGUGGUGAUGUGAAACCAGUUGACCGGGCAAGAAAGCAUUUUCCAGAAACUUGGCUUUGGGCGUCAGGAAGCGUACAGUCAAAUGGGUUCGCACGUAUCGAGGAGACGGUCCCUGAUACCAUCACCUCCUGGAUCGCAACGGCCUUCGCCGUCCACCCAGACACCGGCCUCGGGGUCGCACCGGAAUCCGCACAGCUGCAAGUGUCCCUGCCGUUUUUCGUGGCAGUGAACAUGCCUUACUCCGUAAUCCGGGGCGAGAAGGUCAUACUGCAGGUCAACAUUCACAACUACCGAGCUAUACCACUCUCGACACACGUGGUCUUGGAGAAGAGCGAGGAGUUUGAUAAUAUCAUUAUUGACGGGACAAAUCAGUCGAGAUCGUCGGUUGAAGUGCGCAGAAUCAUAUCGGUUGGUUCGGACGAGGUUGUGGCAGUGUAUUUCCCGAUAGUGGCCAAGACGAUCGGCCUGAUCGACAUCUCUGUGAGGGCCCAGACCACGAUCAGCGCGGACGCAGUGAACAAGAAACUACUCGUAGAGGCGGAGGGUACCCCGCGCGAGUACAACGUCCCGUUUGUGGUAGAUCUGAAGACCACUGGAACACAGACCAAAACUGUUAACGUAGAGUACCCUCUGCGGACGGUGGUCGGCUCUGAAAGGGUCAAGGUCACGGCCGUGGCGGAUCUGAUGGGCCCAAGUAUCAGCGGCCUCGACAAGCUGCUCAAGCUGCCUACCGGAUGUGGAGAACAAAACAUGCUCAACUUCGCCCCAAACAUUUUCAUCAUUAAAUACCUGGAGGCGACUGAUAACCUCGACGCAACCAUCAUGAACAAAGCAAAGAAGUUUAUGGAAACAGGUUACCAACGCGAGCUGACGUAUAGCCACAUUGACGGCUCGUUCAGCGCGUUCGGGGAAAGUGACAAAUCCGGCAGCACGUGGCUAACGGCCUUUGUGGUAAAGUCGUUCGUACAGGCCAUGGACUACGUGUUCGUAGACGAGAAGGUUAUCCACAAGGCCGUGGAUUGGCUCAUUGAACAGCAGAAUGCGAACGGCACCUUUAAUGAACCGGGAAGGGUGAUACACACAGAUAUGCAGGGUGGCUCCAUAGGAGGACAGACUUCCCUUACAGCGUACGUGCUGAUAUCCUUACUGGAGGCCAGAUCCGCACAGGGGGUCGCCACAAAAAUCUCUGCAGCCCAAGCGAAAUCCCAGACAUACCUCGAAGGGCAAAUAAGUCAGAUUACGAAUGUGUAUGACCUUGCGAUUGUCGGAUAUGCCCUCCAAAUGGCCGGCAGUUCCAAGGCCAACGAUGUGUGGACCAAGUUGGAUAACAAAACCAUCGAGCAAGACGGUACAAAACACUGGGAGAAGGCUAGCCAGACCACCGCUGACAGCAAACCGUGGGAGAGCCGGACGGGGAAGGCGGUGAACGUGGAAAUUACGUCAUACGCGCUCCUGACACUCGCCCAGCGGAAGGACACCGCAAACGGCGUACAGGUGCUCAAGUGGCUGACCACCCAGAGGAACGCGCAGGGAGGAUUCCACUCCACUCAGGACACAGUGAUAGCCCUACAGGGUCUUUCGGAGAUCGCGGCCCUCUUAUUUUCCAAGGAAUUUGCCAUGACAAUCGACAUCUCGGGAAAAGGAUAUGAAAACUCUAUAACCAUCGAUAACACGAACGCCCGCGUUCUUCAGACUAGAGAUCUGCCAGCAGACGUCGGGCUGGUAACCAUAACGGCAACCGGGAUGGGACUUGCGCUGGUACAGGUGGAGGUAUCGUACAACAUUGACGACGACGACCAGAAGAAGAGCUUCAGACUCACUGUGGACGUUCCCAGGGAAACCGCCAACGAAUUCGACGUGACCGUCUGUGCAAGUUGGCUAGAGGAAGGUUCAAGUUCGAUGGCGCUGAUUGAGAUUGGCAUGCCAUCCGGGUUCUCCGUAGAUGCCAGCGGCAUUGUGUCCAAGCCACAACACAAACGGAUCGAGUUUGAGUCCCGCAAAAUUGUCAUCUACUUUGCUGAGAUCGGGUCAGGCGGCACGUGCGUGUCGGCGACCAUGUACCGGUCUGGUCUCGUGGCGGGCGCCCAACCCGUCGCCGUCGCCGUCUUAGACUACUAUGAUCCAGGUAAACAAGUGACGGAGUUUUACGUGCCGAAGGCGGUGAGCGGGUCGGAGGUUUGCGAUGUGUGUGGAGCGGAGUGUGACUUCUGUCGUCCCUAGAUGUCCAACAGACAGUCAAUGAUUGCAGAAAAUAAUCAUUUCUCCAUCUCUUGCUUUUAAAUAUCUUACAUGUAUAUUUUUAUUUUCAAUAAAUGUUAUGUUUU